GACCAACAUCAACAUCUAUAUCGUGAAUAAAGCAGUUUUGAAUAUUAUAAAUGUGAUCGGGAUUUGUCACGCCACAGCUAAGUGUCUUCGAAUUAGAGUCGCCAUCGUACCGGAAUUAAUUUAGUCAAGUUGUAAGUGGCGAAAAAUGAGUUGUUAUCGAUUGGAAUUUUCGGCUCUAUUGAUUGCAUUCGUUAUUUAUUGCAGUAAGUGUAAUGCGAUUGGUGUAGACGAUAAAUUGGAUUUCGGGAAUCGACGAACCUCGCAUUCUUCGAUUAUCAAAGAUGGCAUCGUACAUACCUCAUUUAUACCGAUCGAAGAUUCUUCGAGCGGGGUUCAUAAUAAGCAAAGCGAUGGUUUCGAUAACAUAGGCAUUGUAUGCGUUAAUGAGGGAUGUAAUACUACGAAAACCUCGUCGGAUUCUAUCAAGACAGAUGUAGUGGUACACAUAGAAACUAAAUUAGAUUUGAAUUCGGAAAAAACUAAAGUAGUCGAUGAUGUACCAGAUAUUCCUGUAGUAAUAGGCACUGAUAAAAGCAACACUAAUUAUUAUCAAAAUACCGGUUCGAAUGUAUACAGUACCAGCAGACCAUUCUACACCUACACUCCCAAUAGAAAAUUCGGCUCGACCUCUCCUUACGAAAACGCAUUAAAUCCCAAUCCUGAAGUCACCAUAGAUAUCAAAUCUUCACCGCCAAUCACCAUGGACUUUGUCCAGGAUAUGUUAAUCAAUAGAUUUCAACCGAACGGCUUGACCGAAAUGACGAUACCAUAUUUCGAUCCAUCAUUGCAUAGCCAUCAUUACAGUGAAACACCACCACCCCAACAGGCGUUCUAUCCGAAACACGUUUCGGCAGUGAAUCCAGUAGAAUUUAAGGUAAUGAGACCUAAUUGGAGGGUAUCUCAAUGGCGAAACCAAUUCAACCAGCGCGGCGCUAUGCCCGAAUCACGUAGAGGUGUUAAAUGUUAUUGUGAAGACGAAAAUGGGAGAACUGAUCCUCAUUGGUACAUAAAUAGAAAUAGUAGGAGCGAAGUUUAUUCGGCAAAUAGAAGAAAAUCUUACAAUGAUCCUGGAACACAAAUUAACGACAAGCUGGCACCUCUUGAAUAGAUAGCUAAAUGUAAUGAUUGAUAUUUUUUUUAAAUAAAAGUUAAUUAUGAUAGGUCUGCAAUUUACUCACUUAUGUAAUGUGAGUUACAGUGAUUCAUUUGAACUUCAGAGAAAAAAUUAUAAUUUGCGCUAUCAAGAUAUUAAAAUAAAAACAUAAAUUUGGCGUGGGUUUGAAAUUGCUUUUAUAAUUACAUUUUUUAUUGAAAUAAGGAACAAUAGAUGCUUUUGUAUUUUGCUACGAAAAUAAAUUUCGAACCGAAUUCCCAAUUAAGAUGUUUUUAAUGACCAUCCGAGUAUUUCAAUACGUAUUUAUUUAAU